CUCAUAUCAAUGAAAAAUGACAUUCUACAGGUUGCCAUAAAAAGGCGUAGAAAGACCUUUGCAAAUAUAUAAACUAAUUCUUAUACUUUUUUAUUUAAUUUUGUGGUAUUCUUCGUAUGUGUUUUAGUAUACAAGUAUGCCAGAAUCACAAGCUCCCUGUGGAAAGUUCUUAAGUUAUUUAACGCGUAUCGUGUUACUAAUACGUGGAGUAUAUGGCGGGCAUUCUCAAUGUAUAACAUCAGAUUACACACAGGGAAAUUGCGUUGCUAUCAAAGAUUGCCCAGAACUUUUUGAUAUUUGGGAAAAACCCAUGAUUAAUCCUGACGAAAUGGAGCUGCUCCUAAGUGCUCGGUGUGGUACUAUGGGAGGAGAGCAAAAAGUGUGUUGUGCCGCAAUUCAAACUACGACAAAGAACAUUAUUAGCUUAGAGAGGAAGCUACACAGUCCAGAUGAAACAGUAAGUGAUCUAUCUUUUUCCGAUAAAUGUGGACUAACAAUGGAAAGCAAAAUAUUUGGCGGAGAGUAUGCGGGGUUGGGCGAAUUUCCGUGGAUGGCACUUAUUGAGUAUUCAAAACCUACGGGGUAUGGUUUCCACUGUGGAGGUGCGCUAAUUUCCGAAUGGCACGUCCUAACGGCAGCGCAUUGCGUUAGAGAUUUACGAAGAGGAUGGAGAAUAACAAGCGUUCGCCUAGGUGAACACAAUUUACUAAACGCUACAGACUGUGAUAAUAUGUACUGCGCGGAUCCUCCAGAAAAUAUCGCUGUCUUUGAGAUAAUUCCUCAUGAGAUGUACGAUCCCACAAAUAAGCAUCGAUAUCAUGAUAUUGCAAUACUGAAACUUGUUCGACCAGUUCAUUUCACAGACUAUAUACUACCCAUUUGUUUUCCACCUACUCACGAUUCAACCUACGCAGGUCUCAAUAUGACCGUUGCUGGAUGGGGAAAAACGAUAUAUAGUUCACAAAGUGAUAAAUUGAUGAAGCUAAUCGUUCCCGUAAAACCACAAGACGAUUGCAUGUCCACUUACCGAGCAGUAAAAGUGGAACUGAAAGAAUGGCAGAUGUGUGCUGGUGGUGUGAAAGGGAAGGAUUCGUGUUCCGGUGAUAGUGGAGGACCACUAAUGCUUUACAAUCAAACCGUGACUGGCCCAAUUUAUUAUAUUACCGGAAUUGUGUCAUUUGGACCAACUAAAUGUGGAUCACAAGGUUUUCCCGGUGUUUAUACAAAAGUUGUUGAUUACAUACCAUGGAUUAAGAGCAAACUAAAGUCUUAAUAAAUUAUGUACUGAGAAUAACAUUC